GAGGUCAUAACAAACAUGGCGUGGAGAGGUUGCGUGGUUAAAUGGGCCAAUACAGAGUUUAUUAAGUACCCAAAUAAUAUUUCAAGAAGCUCAAGACACAACUACUACAACCAACAGAGGUCCGGUUUCCGUCGGGAAGCUAAAAAGCCAGAAGUCAAGAAAGAAAAUGUCACCCAACAAACUAAACCCUCUCCCCCUGAGGAUGGCCCAUCAGGGACCCCACCUCAUCCAGCACGCAGAAUGCCAACACUUUUUAGGCCUCUGAUGUUCACUGUGGGGUUUACAGGCUGCUCCUUUGGUGCAGCGGCCAUUCUGCAGUAUGAGGCUGUAAAGUCAAGACUUCAGACUGCAAAGGAUGGAGAGGAGAUAGAGAAACUUGUGCAGGGUUCCCAGGACAUGACGUACUGGCACGACUGGUGGAACCACCUGUCCAACGCCCAGAGACAACUCAUCCUUCUCAUAUCCAUAGUGGAUGACUUCUGGAAUGGUCUCACUGAGGGACAAAGGACAGCAACUGGCAUUAUUGCAAUGAAUGCUGCAGUUCUGUGUUGCUGGCGGAUCCCGUCCAUGCAGAAAACUAUGAUCAAGUACUUCAUGUCCAACCCAGCCUCCAAAACACGAUGCCUUCCCAUGAUUCUGUCUUGCUUCAGUCACUACUCCAUUGUCCACAUGGUGGCCAACAUGUAUGUCCUAUGGAUGUUCUCCUCUGGAAUUGUUUCUCUCCUAGGAAAAGAGCAGUUUCUUGCAGUCUAUCUCUCUGCUGGUGUGAUUUCCACGAUGGUCAGCUACGCGUGUAAAACAGCCACUGGGCGUUUCUAUCCAUCAUUAGGAGCCUCAGGUGCUGUCAUGGCUGUACUUGCUGCAGUCUGUACGAAGGUGCCAGAGGCCAAACUAGGCAUAAUCUUCCUUCCAGUGGUUACUUUCACAGCAGGGAAUGCUCUCAAAGCGCUUGUGGCCAUAGAUACAACUGGACUCAUGCUGGGAUGGCGAUUCUUUGAUCAUGCAGCUCAUCUUGGCGGAGCGCUCUUUGGAAUAUGGUAUGUGACAUAUGGUCACAAAUUAAUGUGGAGAAAGAGGGAGCCUUUUGUGAAACUGUGGCACGAUAUGCGUUCAACAGGCUCCAGAGGAUCUGGGUCAGGGGGACCUGGACAUUCGUAAAAUCCCUGGUAACCUCAGAGGGAAACAUUUCACUUCCUGUUGAGCUUUACAAGGACCGUUUUAUUGUUUGCUUUAAAA